UUCACCUUCAGAUAUCGUCCCUGCAUAACUUCUAUUAAGAAUCUCUAUCAACAUAAUGAACGGAUCAGUGAACAGUGCGCCCACCAUUUUAGACAUCAAGCUGAAAAGAGGACCGGCGGGACUUGGUUUUAACAUAGUUGGGGGUCUUGAUCAGCAGUAUGUUAUGAAUGAUAGUGGGAUCUAUGUAGCCAAAAUUAAAGAGAAUGGAGCUGCUGCUUUGGAUGGAAGACUGCAGGAGGGAGACAAGAUAAUAGCGAUAAAUGGCCAUAGACUUGAUAGCCUGUCCCACAGUGCAGCUGUAGAACUGUUCCGCACAGCAGGCGAGGAUGUGGAGCUGCGUGUACAACAGAGGCCUCCACACACACUAAACGGUUCGACAAGCUCUCGAUCAGACGGAGAAUCCUCACUCCUUCCAGUUGCACUGAUCGCGAUCGCAGUCGGAGCAGUCGCAGUAGCUGCUUUCCUCGCCUAUAGACGCCUCCCGCUGAAUCCCAGGAAAGCAAUUUAACUCUUCGAUCCAAUUUUAUGGACAAAAUUUGGAUUAUGAAAACAGUGACACUCGUGGGGUCCAAAAACAUCAGCGCAAGAAAGAAAAAAAAAAAACAACAACCCUAAAACAUAAAGUGCUUUGGUGGCAUUCCAUUCCUAAAUUCGAUAUUGUUCGCAUUGUAAUUAUUAUUAUUAUCAUGACAAGAUUGAGCUGUUCUUCAUUUCAAGAUAAUCACAGACACUUAGUCGAAAUUCUAAGCAUCUAAAGCAUCAUGUUAGCUUGGUCACAGUUAUUAGAAAAGGGAGAUUAGUGAAGCGAAGAUGUGCGUAGCAGGGUGUUCCAUGUAACUGAACUGGCCUCGUGGGAAAGGCUCAGACAGGUGGAAGAUGGUGGUGGGGACACAGGCAAUGAAAAGACGCAGACCCUCAACCCCCCCCUGGCCCCUCAGCGUUCUCUCAGAGCAGAGCAGAGCUGAGCUGGACCAGAAUACGUAGGCCGUGUGGUUCUUGGAUGAUUCAACGGAGCCCUGAAGCUCUCCCUCUGAGCUAGUUUGUCUCUCCAGGUUACUCAGGGCUCUUAGUGUAUUUUGCUUUUGCUCUGAAUUGAUGCAGAUUUUUUUUUUUUUUUUUGCUAUGUUUGUGUAUUUGUUUUCUUUGUUUGUCUUGCCCAUCCCAUUGCUCAUUCAUUUCAUAUAACCUUGCUUUAAAAGAAAAAAAUAAAAAAGUCAGUUAAGAUUAAACAGGUCUGGUGAGAGAGCACUUUGCGUUCUUUAGGAGGGUUAGGGCAGAUAUAACAAAAUCUGUCGUGGGGCUUCAGCAAUAACAGUUUUGCUAAUCUGCUAAAAUCAGUCAUGUAAUCUCAUCCAAACACAUGGACAGAUAAACAACAGGCUCCGUUGCAGCACUUUGGUUUGUUUUCAUGUUGUUCAGCAUAAGGUUUUACCAAAUCGUUUUCAGAAAUGAGUAACUAUAUAUGUAUGUAUGUAUACCUGUACUUUUCUCUUCUGUCACAUGAAAUGCUUUUUUAAAUGACUUUGUUCGUUUGUUUUUCUUUCUUUUUUUGAUUUUUUUGUUGAGAAUUUGUAGCAUGUGUUUAUGGAAAGGGAAAUGUGGAAACUGAGCCUAUACAAGAAAUGGUUUCACAAGAUUUUGUUUUUUUUUUUUCCAAAAGAAAGAAAAAUACAUCGCAAAGGUCCCAGCAUCAUGACACUCUGUGGUGCCUCCUGUCCACUGGAAAUCUGACACGGCUCAGGAAAUGAUAGUAGAACUUUCCGCAGUUCACCUACAAAUUCAAUGGUUUUUUGUUGUCACGCUAAUCUCAGCCGUAUGUCUCUCUUUCUGUCAUGGUAUGGGGGAUCCUUGGCAAAUGCUUUAAAUAAGUGCCAUUCUGUGUGUCUCACAUGCAGUUGCGGAAGUUUUACUAUCUGGCCAAACCAAAUGGAAAGAUCAGUAGAACCUCUUUUAUAAUUAUGUAGUCUGUUGCAAGCAUAACUUUACAAAAUAAAAAGGUGCAGAAUUCACAAGCAAUGCUCAUUAAAUGAUCUGGUUGUGAACUUUGUGCACGUAAACAACAAUCAAGAGAUAUUUAAGUUAUAUUCUCCUCAGUGAUGUCUGGCUGCACAGAGUUGUUUUUAAUUCAUUCGGGCCUGAUAUGCAAACACGCCUUUGACUUUGACAAAAAGAAGGAGAGAGAUCGGGAGAGAGAAACGAAAACGAAUACAGACGGUCAAUACUUGCUCUCAACCUCCUACGCAAAAUCAAACUUGAUCCCCCACACAGCUGUGGGCACAGUGCCACUCAUCUAGACAUGAUCUUUGGAAGACUGAAAAACAACAACAGGGCUUUUUCUGUUUGUCAGAUUUGGAAUAACGGCAUCAUAAUCGUUUUAUGUGUGUGAUCAGUGAAUUGUUCUGUGAUCAGUCAAGAUGUGUGAUUGGAAUAUAAGGUGUCUGUCUGGUGUCUUUGGUUCACGCCGUGAAAAUGGAAUGGGAUGAUAUGUUCAAGUGCACUAUGAUUUCAGGUGUUAACGUAAAUUAUUGGUGAGGCCUUAUGGUUAAAUUGUACAUCACUGGGUAAUGACUCAGCAGCAGUGUGAAUGUGUUAGCAUGCCUGGGAAGGAGUCCCUAAUAAAGCUUGAACCGAUUUCUUAAGGCUAUGUACACUUGGCACGGGAAAAACGGAUGCUUACAGAGGAGUGUAAAGGGAAUAGAACGUAGGGACAUGACUGGUAUAUUGUCAAAGUUAGCAAAACUGCUGGCGUGUUUCAGUACUGAGCUAAUGCAGAAGCAGGCUGGCUUGUGGGAUAUACAGAAAUGUGCUUAGUUAACAGUCAGGAAAAUGGGUUUUGAUUUUUUUUUUUUUUUUUAACAGGAGGCCAAGAAGUUUGUAAAGUUCAUCACAUUGUUGUUCACUAUUUUUGACUUGCUUAACAUAUGCGUCUAUCUACAGUUGUCAUCCGUCAGCUAAGCCUGUUCUGUUUUACAUGACUCCUCAAUAGGUACACUGACAUGUAUGCAAAUUUGUGCCUUAAACUAGAGCUGGUAAUACUGUAAUGCUUUUGAGU